AUGAAAGAUUGUCUGCGAAGUCUGUUUUGCUUCCGUUUUGUUGCGUCGUGCGCCGAUUGUGGUUCAAACGCAAAAGAUGACGAUAUUGUUCUUAAAAACCGCCUUUUCGAGGCAAAAUAUCUCGCAUCUCUGCUUAAGUGCUGCACGCCGUAUGAGCCUGUGAUCCCGCCACCGAAGUGGCGUAGGUCUUACGGCAAAUGGGUCUCGCUUGGGCCAAAAGGAGCGGAAGCCCUUAGUGAACUGCUAAUGAAUCAACUGAACUGUAAAGUGGCCGAUGAUGGCACUCGAAGGAUGCUAACUUUGGAUCUACACAGUCUUCGAAUUGGAGAUGACGGUGUACGAGCGUUUGCCCCAUUUAUUGCCCGUGAGCAUCGGCUUGUAUCUCUCGUGCUAUCAGGUAAUGACAUCACAGACAAGGGCGUCAAAGUACUCUUGGAAGCUCUCCAGGUGAGUUCUCCGUCCAUGCAGCGGCUCUCGCUUAUUGGCAACCCUCUGACAGCUGAAGGUGUACGGAGUGUGUGCGAAUUGUGUGCCAAUUCUUCGUUUCCCCUGACUGAAUUGGCGAUUGGUCGAGGUGUAGACGGCAAAGAGGCACGUCAGUCACUCGUUCAUGCCAAAUCGGCGCAAAGCAUGAGUGCAGGCUCCAUUGAGCUGCUUCUCUCAAAUUGUGGGAACACGUUGGUGUCGUUCACGUACGGGGGCUUCAAAGGGAGAGACUUUGCCGUCAAAGACUUCCUUUUUGUUCUUCAGAUGGCGUUGUAUCAAACCAAACUACGCCACCUCGCUCUCCAUGACUGUUACACCACAAUUCCUUGUAGUUCGACGAAUGGAGAGUCUUCUAACUCUCUGUCAGCGCCCUUUCGGUUAGUCUCAGAAGCGUUGUGUUCACCAACGGCACAGCUACAAAGUCUCAAUCUGCAAAUCUCUCUGAGCGAAGAGGCGGUUACCGCCUUAGCAGUUGGAAUUUCGGGUGCGACUGUUUUGGCUAGGCUCAGUCUACGUGGGUGUAACAUGAGUGCAGAGAGCCUUCGUAUUAUUGGAAAAGCUCUUGACAAUAACCGUACACUUUUGUUUUUGGAUUUGUCGCAUCAAAGCAAAGAGGUGGAGCAUCCGCUCUGUGAUAGUUACAGGAUGAGUCAGAUACACAGUGGCGAGGUGAACUUUAACACUUUUCACUCACGUCGUCCACUGCUACCCAUUUUUGAGGCGUUGCAUCGUAACAGAACUCUGCAGGAGUUGAUUUUGCUCGGUAUUGACGUCGUUAACAAUGAUGUGGAGGAGCUGUGUGCUUGCGUGGAGCGCAGUGGGAAUUGCGUCAUCCGCCGUGUGCAGUACACCGGUGUGAAUUCUAAGACGCUUGCCAUUAAGUUGGAGGGUCUUCUGAGGCGCAAUCGCAGCCACAACGAUGUGCGUGCAGGAACAAACAUCAUAAAAAACAGCGACCCAACAAAAUUGCAGUUCACGCUGGAGGAAAACGUUGCACAGUGCAAGUUGGAAGCGCAGAUGGAGCAGAAUACCACACCCUGUACAAGGAUAACGAGCAUUUGCGAAAAACCAACUCCCUUAUGUGUGCCAAGCAGCUCGCAAAUGCAUAACAAACUUGACAACAAAAACAACAGCAACGAUACGAACAGUAGCGGUGACGUCGGUCCUAUGGAAACGACUACAGUUGCUGCAGUUUCAAGUAGCCUCAGUGACUCCGGCUUUUCUCUUGCCAGUUCAUCCUUCGCCAUUUAUUCCCCGCGCGGGGGUAGUUGCCAGUUGAAUUGUGUGGGAACUUUGUAA